AUGAACGGUGCCAAAAAUAACGCAGAUAUAAGCAAUAGUAAAACUCUAGAAAGCCGCGAAUUGGAUCAAGGAAGUUGCAUAAGUAUGAAGACAUGCAGAAACUUAUCCGGUGACACAGCAAGUAAAAAGAUGCAACAAAACAGUCACAGUUGGUGGACUAAAUUGGUCUUUGCAAGCUUUACUUUAGCCGUCGCUGAAUCCCAAGAUCUAUCCACGUGCUGUAACAAAGCCGAGGGCACCUGUCGAAGUGUAUGCGAAAAGAUGUCGUUGGGCUCGACCAUUCGCGAGGAGAGAAUACAAAAUAUUUAUAAGUUCUGCACCCCUGAUUUAAUCGAGUUCUGGAUAUGCAUGAAUCAAACAAUUCAAGAAGUGGUAUCGGGGUCAGGCUGGUGGGGCAAAACAUGUUGCGCCUUGGCUCACAGCGGACAGUGCCGGCACGCCUGUGCCACGGCUAGUGACGCUCGAGCCCUCUCGCCAGUAUGUCGUCGCUCUGAUGAGAUCGCCUUCUUUGACUGCGUGCAGCGGCAGCAGGAAGCGCAGUGGUGCUGCUCGCAGACGGUGUCGCUGACCUGCCACGAGGUGUGCGAGAGCGUGGUGUGGCGAGUGGGAUUGGGCCGUUUCGAUUCCUCGCUCACAGACCACGCCGCCGAGGUCUGUGAGGGCUCGCCCGUCCUACUGCGAUGUCUGUACGACCUUACUGCAUCCACGGUGCACACCGAUACUUCUAAAUAUUUACCAUGUUGCCAAGAGUCAGCAAGUUCGGAGUGCCGCAAGAACUGCGAGGAGGUUCUUCAUCGCACGGGGGAGUCGCAGGAGAUUGCAGACGCUUUGGCUUUGAACUGCGGGGCACCAGCGAUACAUGACGAACUGUGGCAGUGCUUUCUGAGAAAGGAUGCACCUGUCAAUACUAAGAACUUCGUCCCGUAUGACGCUGCUAAGCUGCAUUGCUGCGAAAAAGCUGUCACAAUUAACUGUAAAAGACUAUGCUUUGAAACUUUUAACAUUGGCUGGCCGACCAACGGACAGAAGUUCUACAGUGAUUGUCUGGUAGAUCCGCAGGAGAUGAUGUUGAUUGAAUGCAUCGAAGAAGUGGACGCACCGUGCUCGCUGGGCUGCGCGGGUCUAACGUACUGUAGCCAGCUCAACAACCGGCCGACCACUUUGUUCCGCUCCUGUUCCGCGCAGGCAGACCUUAACGCGCAUGUUGCAGUCGCAGAGAGGAAAGAUAAAGGGUCUGUAUUCAUCUCAGGCAUGAACCUGCCUCUGAAAAAUUCUUCUCAGUGCCCUACAGACCUUUGGAAGAGCGUUGCGUGUACACUUCAUGUCAAACCUUGUAGCAAUAAGGGGCAUAGCAGCUUGAUGUGCUUGGAAGACUGCAUGCGGCUGGUGUCGUCGUGCGUGGAGUGGGCGCGCGUGCAGCUGACGGCGCCAGCGCUGUGCGCGCGUCUCGCGCCACCCCAACACGACGCGCCCUGCGUCUCCUUGCGGGAUUUCGUCAACCCUAGUACAGAGCCAGCCCUGCUGUCAGCCAGAGAGGUGGUGACGUCGCCGUGCUCGGGAUCGCCGUGCAACGCGAGCCAGCUGUGCGUCGUCAACCGCAGUUGCGCGUACGGCGGCACGUGCGCGCGCUACGCCUGCCUUGAUGCCUGCCCACUCGGUGAUGGCAGUUCUUAUAUGGUUUCCUCUGGAUCUUGGGUUCGUGUACCGAUUCCGUGCUACGGAAACGACCUGUGCUACAAAGUUUGUCGUUGUGAAGGGCACACCUUUGCACAUUGUCAGCAAUUGCCGCCUAUUUAUCCCGACUCUACUAAUUGCAGGCUACAUGACAAGGUCGUGAAAGACGGAGAGAAGUACUACAUGGAGUGCAACCCGUGCAAGUGCGUGCUGGGGGAGCGAGUGUGCGCAGUGCGCGCGUGCGGGCGCGCUGCGCUGCUGACCGGGCUGCCGUGCAACUGCCCGCCGCACCACCUGCCCGUCACCGCGGCCGGCCGCCUGCACGCCAACGCCUGCCUUGCCAAAUGUGCUGGUGUACCGGACGUGUUCAUCGAGUUCGGGACACCGUCACCAUGCGCGAGCGUGUCGUGUCCACGUCGUCACGUCUGUCUGCCCAAGAAUGCUGUGUGCCUCUCGCAACUUUCGAAUUCUUGCCCACAGCAUGUUUGUGUAAACACUACGAAUUGCAAAUCGCAACCUGCAAUGCCAGUGUGUGACACAGAAGGCCGAACACACGUCAGCCCCUGCCACCUUGUUAUGAGCCGAGCCACCGUUGCUUAUUGGGGGCAUUGUCUCAAAGGAUGUGCUAAGACUGGAACUGUAUGUGGGGUGAACGGUGUAACCUACACAUCAGAGUGUGCUGCUUGGUCAGAAUACGUAAGCGUUGAUUACCUUGGACCUUGUUUCGCAGUUGGCCCUAUAUCUGACCUAAUGGAACCUAAAUGUGAAUUCGAUAGAAUCGUUUGCCCGCCACUUAAGAGACCAAAAUGCCUUGGCUUCACUGCUCCGGGCGCUUGCUGUCCAAAAUGCGGUGGCGCUUUGAGAAUACUUUACGCAAAGAAACAAUUUGAUAGAGCGUUGUAUGGAACAAACAUCUCUGAUAAUGUGGUACAUUUAAAUAACAUACUUAAAACUUUAGAAAGGCAUAUCAAAAUAGCCGAGUGCGCUUUAAGAGGAUAUUUGACGGUGGAAAUGGAACUUUUCAUUUCAGUUGAAACUCUUUUGGAUAAUCCUACAGAUUUACAACUAAGCGUCUGUGUUCUUGAAGCGGAGAAGUUAGCUGAUUUGAUAAAUAGAGGGAGUGCGAAUUGUGUUAUUCCUACUAAACCUCAAAAUUAA